AUGGCUGAUAUGCGCGCUACUGGCGAAUCUGUCACUUCAGUCAACGGCUUGCACCCUCUUAUCUCAGAUACUUUGCACCCCGGGAUCAAAGGCGGAUGCCAGUCUGAACCAAGAAAGAAGCCAGACCUCGGCUACGGUAUCAUCAUCAUCAGCACGGUCAUCAUCUUAAACUUUCCCGCCGAGCUCCCACUUCAGUUUGGAUUGCAUUAUCAUGGCUGGCUUCGUGUAACCAACGAUGCUAAGCUGGAGAUGUUCAAGAUGACAUCCAAAAAUGCUACGAUCCCGCCCACAUCUCAGAUCUAA